GCAGCAGACGGAGAAUUGCGCUGUAAUGUGAUCCCGUACUCUUGGCGUAUCGUCGCUCUGCCAGUCCCAGAAACGCAGUUAAUAUUAGAUGUAAAUGUAAUAAUUAUAAGAAUUUUAUCAUAAAUACAUUCAAAUAUAAUUUAAAAUGUGUCUUUAAACGUCUAACAAACGCAGCAUAACGAAUAAUUGCCUUGUACUGUGAUCCCGUACCCCCGGCGCAUCGCUUCGUUAGCCGUCGUUUUGUUUACAUUUCCGUCCCCCGCCGACCGUCCAUUGGUCGGACAGCACAACUUAUACUAAGAGCCUUCAAGACCUGAAUUCGUAACUUGGCCGACUUGAUUUGCCGGUAUUUUUUAAUAUAUAUUUGAUGAGGCGCCAUAAAACAUGAAAGGAAUCAGCAAUAAAAGCACGGUUGCUCGGCGGCGGUGGAAGAUACUGGCUGAGGCCCUUCAGAGAUCAAAUUCAAGAGAUGCCUCGCCUGACAGUGCCUCCACGCGGAAGUUUCAGUCCUUUGGGCUCUUGACAUUUGAACCUUUGGGCCAAGAUUUUUUUUCCGUCAAAUGCGUCAACUCCGAGCUGAAAGUCACCGUAAGGCUAUUACGUCGAGACUUCAGCCCCAGUGAGCUGACGGGUUUCAACAAUACAGGCAACAUUUGUAUAUGGCCUUCAGAAGAAAUCCUGACUUAUUACUGCCUUAAUAAUCUCCAGCUUUUCUCUGGAAAAUCAGUAUUAGAACUGGGAGGUGGAAUGACAUGCCUAGCAGGGUUGCUGGUCGCAGCCAGUGGAGCGCCGUCAAAAAUGGUGCUGACAGACGGGAACGCUUUAUCCAUUACAAACGUCAAAGUGUCCUUAGAGAAGAACACUCUGCCUACAGAUGUAUCAACUAGAGUUCUUCGUUGGGGUUCACACGAUGAAUUAUUGAUGCACCACGGAAAAUUCGACAUUGCCAUGUGUGCUGACUGUUUGUUUUUUGACGAGGGAAGAGAGAGCCUCCUGUGUAGCCUUCUUGCCGUGCUACGCCCCGGUGGCACGGCAAUCGUUGUCGCUCCCGCCCGCUCCGGAACCUUCCAGCUGUUUGCCGCCAUGUGCCGCCCACACUUUCUUGUUGCCGUUUUAGAAAAGUAUGACUGCGUGAUUGAACAGUACAUUCGAAAAAGUGCUAUGGAGUCCCACUACAAUGAAAACCUGCACCUGCCUUUGGUCAUGAUUCUCACAAAACUAAGUGAUUCUUACCCAGUAUAAAUGUAGUUUUGAUAGAAAACGCUGUUGGUCUGUUUCCACAGAGAUGAACAGUUUCACUCUGCUUCAGAAGUUACUGAUUUAGUCGUAUAUAUUUUUUCAACUGCGGAAAUGAAUCGGAACUGUUUAUCCCUGUGCGACAGAUAUUUUAACUGACAAUACUUAGUACUGUUCAUGCGCAGUACUGUCUUAGGGGUACACUAGUUAUGUUUUAGGUUUUAAGUGUUGAUGUAUAAACUUCAUGUUUUCCGAAAGACAAAAUGUAUCGUCUCAUUCCUCUCGAUGAAGUGGUUUUUUGCUCAUUAUAAGUCGUAUUACCAAGUUAGACUCGGUGAAACUGACGGAACAGUCUGAAAGUCUUGCUUGAGAUUAAAUUUGUAACCUCUCAGUAUUCAGAUCUCUUGUAGAUUGUAGUAUGUGCUAAUUUAUUUUACCCACACGAUCUUUCGUAGUGAUUGCCGUUCGCACUCAUGCAGUGAGUAUGCAAUGAAUUUAAGGAUUUUAACAAAUAUUUUAAUCUUGUUGUAACAGAGUCUUUUGGGUAGUUACAAUUCAUGCCUUUUUUUUCAUUCAGGUUGUCAGUUGAUAAUUACCACGUAUGAACAUCAUUGUGUAUAACUUUUGUUACAGUGCCUUUUCUUUAUCAUCUUGUUGAGCUGCUUCUGUUUCGGACAUUCAGGAAUGUGUGUUGUAAGAGCUAUACUGUUGUUUAGUUCUCAGGUAGAUUUUAAACGCUUAGAAAAUUAUAGCAACAAUCGUUAUGCAUCAAACCUUGGCGGGCCUAUGAAAGGUGCUCAUUCUCAAAUUUCAUUUGGCCUGCAAACCUCCAUUGGUAUAUUCAGCAGGAACUAGGCAUUUUACCAUUUAUAAUGAUAUCGGAGAUCUCCAGUUUUUUUCUGUCUUUGGUUGGUGUACCUUUAUUACGAAGGUUAUCGACGAAAUGAUCCGUACAAAGGCUGUCCUUGACUUGUAGAACUCGUCCAGUUAUGUCUCAUCUGUGCCAGGACUGAAAUGAUUUCUGAGAGCUAUGAUUAAGAAGAAGAUGCUAUCACCUAUCAGUUGUAAUAUACUAAGUGUAUGCAGCACAAACAUAAUAAGAACAUACAUCUCCAGUGAUUUGUUGUCCUAUUAAAGGCUGUAAGAAUGAUGUCUGUUGAGGUAUUAGACACUCUCUGGGACAACAUUGGAAACAACGUUUCUAGCAAAUGAUGUCUGGAUUGCGAUUCCAAAGGCAACAGUGAUUUUACCAAUUGUCACAAUGGGUUUGAGCAGUUUGAAGUAGUAUUUGGAUGGAAGAGGUGUCUGUUGUGGGUGCAACAGAAACAAAAGGUAGUUUCUAAUGAGAAUGCAACAAGAUUAAGUUAGGGAUCCAUGGCCUGGCUUCUAAGGGGGGGGGGGUGAAAGCUCCCUCUGGUGAUUGAUAGCAUUAAACAAUAAUUCAACUAGUAUCCAUUACAUUCGACACAGAAUGUUAUUCGUUCAGUGUGUUUGGGAUGAUUGAUGGCUGUUUGUCUCACACAUUUGUGUGCUCAAAUAUAGGCUGUUAGUACUAUGUAUAUACUUUCUUGCUAAACGCUCAAAACAUAUUGUUUCAUCAUAUUGAUUCUUAACCAAAGUCCGUAAUGUCCCCAAACACAUACUCCUCUAAAUCCUGUAGACAAAAGAAAAGCAGAGCCGGGAUGGACUAUUUAAGCAUGUGCCAUGAAUCCAUUGGUAGGAACCAACAGUUUUCCACAUAGUAUUUAACAUUUUGUGAUGUUAAGACAGAUCUGCAAGGUUUUGCCCAGUUCUUGGCAUGGCAAAGUUUCAAAUCAAGUCUUUGGUUUUCAUAGCUAAUUUUUUCACUAAUUUAUUUGUCUUCAUCUUAGUCCAUUGUACAUAAUUAUCAUUUUAAGUUACUUUUUCCAUUUUUAAUUACUAUUGAACAAUGUUAUAGAUUUGUCGCUACUUUUGUUUAAAUGUCACUGCCUUAUGAUAGCAAUGUUUUGUGAGCUUUGUCUUGUUCCUGAAUAAUAUUAUUAUUAUCAUUAAGUAUUUUGUAAGUUGUUAUUAAGUAUUUUGUAAGUUGUGCUUGUGCUUUAUGUCCUUAUGUUCAUUGUCUUUGGAAGUGUGCCUCUGGAAAAGUGUCAGGGUCUUUGUGGGAGAGUCUGCUGUCUUUAUGUCCCCGCUGGAGACAGGCCUUCACGUGCUGUGUAGCACCUCUACUCAAAUAUGCUACGAGAACUCACUGAGUCUUCAAGGGCCUCCUGCUUCCAUCAGACUCCUGCAAAGAAGUCAUGGGCCUUCAAAUUUCUUACUUCCCUUGUAGAUAUCUAUUUGUACAGGCAGUUCCCGGCUUACAACGGGUUCGGCUUACGACGUUCCAAGGUUACAACGCUUAUCAAUUAUACUCGUCAGAAAUUAUUUCCAGGCUCACGACGCAUGUUGCAGGGUUACGCUGCUUGCGCAGCCCAUCUGACGGAAGACAUAUGACCCAAAAAUGCAAAAUAAUCAAUAUUUGAUGGGUUUUUUUAAUGAAAAAUGCAGUAAAGCUGCAGUUUGCAUAGUUGUCAGUACAGCCAAAGCAUUAAAAGUAAGGUUUUCUUGGGUUUUUGACGAUUUUCCGACUUACGACAAUUUUCGGCUUACGACACAUCUCAAGAACAGAACCCCGUCAUAAGCCGGGAACUGCCUGAACUCAUUUCGUGUGAGGCUUUUAUGAUGGAAUAGUUUAUAUUUUUACAGCAUAAAGCACUGUUUCUUAAUUGGAGUCAGGUGAUGUGAGCUGUAAGAAAAUGUGCGUAUGCGGGAUACUGUGGACCGCGAAAGCUAAAUAUGAUUAAGGUGUUGGUAUGGAAAUGUGUCGUAUGCAAUACAAAUUGAUCUGUCUUCUAGAAUUACUGAUGACAGAGCACUGAUGAAAGGCAGCUUCCCAUUGAAUUAUGCAACUUAUUCUGCAAUCUUUGCAGUAGUCAGAAAUUAAUUUCAAAGUAAUUUACAUUUCCAUGGAAUGAAAAUGUGAUGUUCCGAAAGACAAAGAAAUCCGUUUGAAGUUUGCUUCUCAGCGCAGCUAAGUUGGUGCUAUAGUCAGCUCAGGGACUAGGCUUUGUAGUCACGAUAAUUAAAACUAUCAGCAGUGAUUUGAUUGAAAGAUUAGGUAAAAAUAGUUAGAAAUUUCUCUGACAUACUGAAGAUUGUCCAGAAAUGUUGAAUUUGAUUAUAAGGCAGCUGUAAAGGACUGUAAAAGAAUGAAAGUUUAUGCUGCAUUUCUUAAUGUGCCAGAUGGCUUGGAUACUGUAGCUCUUCUAGUAAGGAGGUCUGGAUCCUGGUGGCAACAGUCAGUGAUACAGAGCCAUUUUUAGGAUCUGUUAAAUCAUCUUGCUCAUAGUAUUUGAUGAUUUAAGUCUGUUACCAGUUGUUUCAUGUAUGCAAAAUGUAAACCCCUGCUUUCCUGCAGUUGAAGUGCUUUUUUUAUUGGAGUAUAGUGGGUGGUAUGGUUUGUCUGCCUUUUGAAUAUUACAGCACUUCAUCAUGAGAAAAUCAUUCUUACUGUUGCAAUGUCAUAGAUCUUUCCUUGUCAUCAGUAGGAAUUGUUUUUUUAUCCAGAUAUAUUUCUCAUGACAGACGUGAGGAGAAAGUUGUGGUGGAAGUUCAUGUUACUUUUGUGGUAAAGAGUUAUUUGUAACUUUAGUAAAAACUUGACAGUUGAUUUUAAAAAGGGCUCUACUGGAAUUCAGGAGUCAGCAAGCAAGUCUCGUUUGAUGAGAGAUAUUAGAACAACUUUGAACCUCUUUACAUUUUAUGCAAUUGGUUGAGAAAGUAGCCCGUUGAUUGUUUCAAUAUUGAGUUGUCAAGGACUUAUGCUAGCCUGAAAAAGACUGUAAUUAGCCAUGCUUUGGGAUCAUUUCAUCUUUGAAGUCAGCGCUAUAACUUUACUGAGUGAACCUCAUUGUUUUAUUAGUGCUGUGUCUCCUGAAAGUUUAUGCAAAACCUUUACCCUGCUCAUCCUGUGGCGCAGACUUGCUGUGCAAUGUUCUCCUAAGCUCAGGUGAGAGUGUGGAGUCUUCUGCUUGUCUAGAUCAGCUUGGUUUUUCAAAAAGAACCAGAGAUUCUUAUAUAUAAAUAAAAUUGUACAGUAUUGUGCCUGUUUUCCUUCAGUGAUGCAGUUUUCCAUUUGUGUUCAUAAACAGUCGCUGCGUAGUGAGGUUGGAUGGAAAAUAGCUCAGGCUAACAAGUAAUCUCUGCAGUUUUCUUUAGAGCAAAGUGCCUUUAAGUAAACGCAAGUCGAAGGUUAUCAGACUUAUAAUACGUUAUUUGAAAAGUAGCUAAUGCUUAUGUAGAUGUUAGAUCACCGGUGCCUAUUUCAUUGUAUUACUUGGAGGGUAAAGAAGUACCGUAUUCAUAGACAAUGAAGAUGAGCCUCCAUUUUGGCUUCAGUUUCUAUAAACAAAGUUACUUUCAAGAUAGUUGUCAGUAAUUCCCAGAUUUGCUUAAUCUUGAUGCUGUAUUGUAGAUUAGUAGUUCUAACCAGCUGACACUUGUUGAAUUAUGGCACUGCAUACUGCGUGUUUCUACGCUACUAUUAUUUGCAAAGUCCUUGUCAGUGGGACACCAAAGUUGUUUUAUAGCAUUUAGUCUAUUUGUAACUAUGUGAUAUUUAAUCUUUUAAUUUUAUGAGUUGAUCCUAUUGUUUUAUUUUUCUUUCAAGUACUAUAUUUCUUGAUAUAUCGAUUUAUUUUAGUCAUAGUGGAAUAUAAAUACUCAGGAUUUCCUAGCGUAAUGUGCUAUCGCAAAAUCGUAGCUGUGACAGCCAACUGAUUUUUGUAGUAAGAGUAUAUUAAAAUUUGCCUUAACCGCGGUAGUAGUGGAAUUUUUGCACAUCACGAGUGAAUAUUGAAUACUAUUAUCCUUACUUUUCAUUCUCGAUACUGUGACAGUAUUUCUCUUAGGAAGCUGCUGAGCUUCAUAAGUUUAACUUAUUAAACCCUCGUCAGAGGACUGAGGCGAUACAUACUAAAAGUCCCAUGAUACUCUGUUGUUACCUUAUGAAUGUUGAGGAACUGUACACUGUAAUUUUUUUUCUCUCCAAUUCUUUCUCCAUUGUUACCUUUGCCACAUUUGUAUAAAGUGUUGUGGUUAUGCUCUGUGAGUCCACCCUGAUACUCUACUAGGCUCUCACAAGAGCUGUAGACAAUGCUCACUUUGUUUUCCAGUUCCUGAGAAAAAGACAGUAGUGGUACGUUCUUUGUAGGUUGUAGUAGAAGGGUGUAUAGAGAUGGUGUUACGAGAUGUAUAGCUAAAGUGCACCUUAUCAGUGGCCAUAUAUAUUGAAACGUUGCUUCAUAUUUCGUGUUCAGUCUUGUACUUACGUUACUUAAAGACAAUAAGCAGAAUUUAUUGGCUGUCAUUCUGAAAUGCUCUGAAUUUUGCUUUUGCAAAAGGGUUUACAUAUUUACUUGCGUCUCUUAAUUUGACUCGUGGACUUCGUUAACGGGAUUUCUUGAAGUUAGCUUAUAGUGUGUGGCUUGAAGAAGGUCAUUUAAAGUUUACUGCGCCUCCUUUAUAUAAGGAGUGCCGAAAUUGGCAUUUGUGAAUAUUUAUUAGUAAAGAUAUUUUUCUGUUUACCAUUACUCAUCUAGCGCAGACUAAAGGUUUAUUCUUAAUUACGCCACCACUUAAUCGUUAUAUUUUCCUCGUCCAGAGGUUUUAUAAGCAAAGAUGGAAUCAGGAUAGUGCGUGCCAGCGAGUUUUAGAGGUGGUAAACCUGUUUCUAUUGUCAUCUUAGUUAUUAUAAGUAUGGGAACUAUCACAUCGUGGGCUUAACUUUGAGGUUCUGAAAUUAUCACAUCAUGGACUUAGCCUCGUGGUUCCAAAAUGGCAGUUAUUUUGUGCGCUAGUUUCUAGGUUGAAUUCCCACUGCUCCAAAUAUGUCAGAGAACGAAACUAAGUAAAUCUGUAACCCUUUGAUAAAACCGUAACUUUGCUGUAGAACGUAAAACAGUGGACCCCCCAUAUUCGUGUUCUUCGGAUUCGCGGACUCACACAUUCGUUGAUUUCCCUCUGGGACAUUUCCCCUCAUUAUUCACGGAAAAUUCGCCUGUUUGCUGUAUUUUUUAUGAGAAAUUUCCACAAAUUCCUUUUUUUUUCUUUUAUCAAUUUCAUUGUAAAAUACACUUUUUGUGAUAAAACUAUUAAAAAAAUCCAGGUAUUAGAAUUUUUAGUGGGUUUUUCUUGAGUUUUAACUAACAAAAUAAAAGUUUGAGCAUUUUUAUAGGGGAUCCAACUAUUCGUGGGUUCUAACUAUUCACCCGGGGGGUCUGAUACGCAUCCCCCCGAAUACGGAGGGACCACUGUGCAUACUCAAAGUAAAAAGACAUAAAGAGGGCUGUGAAGGAAUGUGUAAGACUAUUCUAGUCAGUUCGUUGACCUUUGAAAAUGGCAUUUCAGAAGCUGAAUGAUGUUUUCGUUAAGAGUCAUUGCCGGAGCCUGAUCCAGUCGUUAUACUUAUAGAAGUUGUCUGAGAUGGAUUCGGUCAACUUUAUAUUGCUUUGUUUUUAUAUGCAUUGCCUUGCAUACAGAAUGAAAGUGAGUUUUCUUUUGUUGUGUAAAGAACUGACUUGUUAUUUUGUUGUUUAAAGCAGACUAAAAAAGAUGUACGUCUCUGAUAUAGUACUGUACUAUUUAAUACUAUUUAUUUUUUCAACUGAAUAAGAAUGUAGUUCUUCACUGCAAUUUUUCAUGUAAAUUCAAUUUAAUUGUGGCUGUAUUAUUUGUAAAUUUCAAUUGAUCAUUUUCAGAGGUAAUAUUCUGUUGCUGAAAACAAACAACUUGAUUUACUCACUGUAAAUGUAAUUUGGUACAACAAAGCUGUGAAAUUUCUAUUUUCACAUUAGUGAUGCUUCAUUGCAACUAGCAAGAGCCUCUCUCAUGGCUGAGCUUAGGCCUAAUUCAGCACUGAUAUUCAUAAGUCUUGAGUAAUAUUUCUCAAGUAAGUGGAGAUGUUCGGUGUUAUGAGGUAUAGAUAUGAAUCGUUUAAAUAAUAUGUUAGGUUUCUGUUGAGACAUUCAAAUAUUUUAUGUAGGUUGAUUAGAAGUAAGAGUGUACGUUUGCACGUAAAGCUAGUCAUUUAUUGUCAAGCGUUUUAACCAGACCACCAAAUCAGGUUUUGACUCUCACAGUGCUGGUCAAGGGGUUCAUCGUUUUGAAAAAUCAGCCUUAAAAUGUUGUGAGUUCAGAGGGGAAGGAGGAACAGAAAUUAGAGAGAGAGGAAAUUGAAGGAGUUUGGUAUAGGCUCGAGAGGACGGUCGAGGUGUCGAAGUUCAAAAGACUAUUUUUGGCUCAAGAAAGGCUUAGCAAGGAAUCUCUGCAGUGAUUAUGCAAGGCUUAGGAAUUACAUACAGUUGAUCGCCACUAUUCGCGGACUUACUGACCAGCAGAGUUUUCUGUGGAACAUAAGUACACAUCAUUUCGUGUCUACUGACUUUUGAAGAUAUACUUGAAUCUGUUCAGGUUUGGUAUUUCUAGUGUUAAGUUGAUCAGUAUUUAUUAGGUUAGGUAAGGCCUCAGGUUCGAGUAGUAAGUUAAUCUAAAUAUUAUUAUUAUUUUAAAGGAUAAGUUGUGAGUUUCAUCUUCCAUCAGUGGUCUGGUUAAACUUCUUUUUAACAUUCUUCUAAGCAGAAGAAUCAGUAGUCAUAUUCAUUGAUGGUGAAUCUUCCCUGCAGUUGAAGAUUGCCUGCAUCUUUGCGCCAGUUGGCGAGGAGAUGUAAGCCAUCUUCAAGAGUAGGGAGAUAUCUAGAUUUGAUUAUAAAAAUGUAUAUGGUUGUAUUGAGAAGGCUGAUGAUUAAGUUUGUGUAUUUUGUAAUGAAAGAUGUGUUCCACAUACCAUGCGUUUGGAGCCAGGAUUGAACAUAUCCUAUGUCAGUAUUCAUUAUUAGAACUCUGAUUUUGGAAAAACAUUAUAAUUCACUUAUUUGAACUGUAUGUUGACCAUUGAGCUCAAGAAGUAUGUCCAACCUGUUUAAGUUUAAAGGUUUGCAGUUAUGAAAUGAAAAUUUUGACGAACUAACGAGUCAUCUACAGUCUGUAACUUAUGCUAUAAUGCCAGGUGACCAUUACCUUCUUAAAAUGAGUGAGGCAGUCAUUAGCUAUGGAGGAGAUCUUUCCCCUGAUCCUGGAGAGUGCCUUAUCCACAGUACUUGCACCUUUAGUUAUUUAUUGUUCAGUAGUGUUUAGAUGGCAGGAACUGAACUUCAGGCUUGAAUGACAACUUAUCGAAAACAUUUACAGUCCCUGUACUGAUUUGCCCCAAUGGCAGAGAAUCACGCGGUCGCUUCUUCGUACACAAGAGUUUUCUGACGGUGCCAGAAGUGGAUGAGAUUAUGUAGACCCGGUCGUAGAAUUUGCACGUCUCAAUGCUUCCCAUACUAGAAUCUCCAGCACAUUUUUGCUUUGUUUGCAAAGAUAGACUGCCCUCUCACCAAGGUCAGUGCAUUUUAAGUUAGAAUUUCUGUUAAUUUUUGUUUGUUGGUAACAAAACCACAUGUUUAAGUGGAAGUUCCCACUUCCUAGCCUUUCUGAUAAGUACAAUACACACUUCUGGUCCAAAUAUAGAUGCUGAAAGUGUGUACGCCACAGGUGACACGAGGGGCUACCUCGUGCAAAGGAGGUUCCUCCUACUAUUAAACUUUAUGUUGUUAUGUUAAAGGAGGUAAUUGUGGCUUUGAUAAUCGACUCCUUUCGGUUGUUGAGGUGUUAGUACAAGCAGAGGCUUUUAUUUCUUGAAGCUAAAGAUAAUUGUAAAUGUUUUUGUUAACUUGGCUGUCUAUGCAGUUUUAUGUAUUUCAUGUGCUGUAUUCUUUGUAAAAUUGGUACUGUAUUAUUUUUUUUUGUGAAGGGAUAAUUGCAGUAAGUUUUCCCCAUUAGAGUGAGAUAACGAACAUCUUCUGUUAUAGUAAUUGUUCAUGAACAUGGUCACUGCUUGAAUAGUUACCAGUACAUAUACUCGUAUUUGGUAUAAGAAAUUCUCCUCUUAAAGGGACGGAUGUAUCAACAUUAGAAAAGUUCAUUGAGUCAAAACUUUAGUAGGUCUUAAUUUUCAGCGUCCCUCUGAUUAUCAUGAGUCAAAUGAAAGUUUUUUUUCUGUGUUCUGCAGUAGAAUAAAUUUGAAUUUAUUUGAACCAUCCACUUAGUAAGUCAUAAUUUCCAGCGUCCCUCUGAUUAUCGUGAGUCAAAUGAAAGUUUUUUUUUUUCUGUGUUUUACAGAUACUCGCCAGUAAUCUCUUUUCUUUAACUUUAACAAAAUGGGCUCUUUGUUAGACUAGAUUCCUCCAUUAGUUACAUUAUAAUAACACUUUAAUAAAACUUUGAAACCUGAAUUGAUAAAUAUAAAUUAAUUAAGAGGUUAUGGUCACAAGUAUGAUUAGCAUAAUUAACAUGCAGGGAAUUAUACUGAUAAUGAUUCACAGUACCUAAAUGUACCGGGCAUUUUUCGAAUCUGUUGUGGAUUACGGUCAAAACAGAGGUAUAGCGCAUUACUACUACUUUGAAUUUUCAAACCUUGCAGUCUGUUACCACAUGACAAUAAUAGUCCAUUUCAAGUAGAGCAAAUACGUUAUAUUUUUGGAGUGUACGACACAUAAUUUCGACGAAUCCAGCGUGCAGGACUGUCUUGAGAUGUCGCUGUUUCGAGUCAUGCACUUUGCAUCUUUCAGGGUCACACCAAUGAAUGUGAUUUAUGCUUUUAUAUAUGAUUGCUUGUUUCUUGUGUGAAAGCAGAUAUCACCAGCAACAUUUAAAAGGGUCGCUUGAGUGAAAGUACAACUUGAUAAACAAAGUUGAAUAAGCUUGUGAAAGUUAUUCUGAUUCAAAGCGCUUGGCAAAGCUGGUGCAGUAAGUUUCCAUCUAACUUGGCCUUGAUGAUGUAUUUUAAUUGUUUUUGUUAUUCUAAUGGGUUCUGUAGUUUCACAAUUAUUAUCAGACUACUGUUUUCUUCCUUGAAUUGUUCGUUGCUGCUAGAGAAACCCGGCACAGAACAAAGAUAUUACCAGCUGAUGUUGUAUAUAACAUAAGUGCUUUGAUGGCCCACGUUACAUUUGUGCUUGAAGGCAGUGUUACUUGACAUCUUCUGGUGUCCUUGGGAGCCUUUCUGCUUAGCCUUUCAACCAAGGAGCCAAUAUCGACAGCAAAGAUAAGGCGUCAUUACACCACAUUUAACAGAACAAGCAAGAGUUUCUAAUUAUACCUAGCCCACCAUCAUUUAAAACACUGCUUCAAGCUUUGACUCAGUGUCAUGUCUCUGACACGUGGUCAGAGAUGUGGACUGCUGAUGCUAGUGUCAUCUCCAGCGUUUACACAGAGUGCAAAGAUGAUCUCAUUCCCCAAAAAUGAAGAUAUCUAUCGACAUUCAAAGCUCCUUUUUUUUUUUUUUUUUUUUUUUUUUUUUUUUUUUUUUUGUAGGUUAAGAAAUCCUCUUUGCUGGGGAAUUUUGUGAAUGACAUUUGAGAAAUGUUUGUCAUUUUUUUUUUGGAAUGUUCUUUUAACUUCUUUAGAAACUGAGUUUUUUUUCUGUUUGAAUCUCUAGAUGUAUGUACAAUUUGUCAAUGGGUCAUUAACAAUUUUUUGUCGUGAAAUUAAGUGAUGACAUAGGUUGCUAAUGACAAAUUGGGAGGUUUUUUGUUUGGUUCUUUUAUUUCAAAUAAAGUAUGAUUUAACAUGAAAUAUAUGCAUUGUAGCCAGAGUGUAUAAUGAAAAGGACUUCAAAGUACCACUCAUCAUCCACAGAAGACUUCAGUUAUUUGAGAAUCAGACUUUGUUCCUGGUUUUUUUUAUGUACCUCAGUUUCAGAAGUCUCAAUUUACUCGAGGAGCUGUGUUGUCCUUCAGCUUAUUGUAAAGUAUUUCAUGUAUCAGAAAAAUUAUAAUAGUUUUGUUGCGUAAGAAUCAGUUACCAAGAGAGUUACUUGUAGGUUGGAUAAAUGUGUUUACAGUAUGUACUAUUACCAAUUAUUUAUAUAUGUAGUUUCAAUUAAGAUUUGGUCUUUAUAAUACAUAUAGACAGGUGCUACGAACAACAUUUAACGAAAAGUCCCAGUGACUUUGAAGGAUUAACAAUUAAUCUAACUCAUCACUCUAAUCUAUCGUUAUUUUAGGGUCUGUUUGAUAUAUUAACACCAUUUUAACGUGCUAAUGUGCAUGGUCUUGCGUGGACAGUAUUUAACUGAAAUAGACGAUAGAGUAGAUCCGUACCAGAACUUGUUGACUUGUUGAAUCUUUUUUUUUUUUUUCUCUCACCAGUCAGUGGCCGGCUUGAGAAUGAGACUGAAUGGGUGUCAUUGUGAGAGUCGUUUUUUGGCAGGACUGUGAGGAAGAUUUAUUUAUUCGCUGUACUUGGCGAAGAUCUCGGCGUAAGAUCUCGUGUGCUCUGUGUCGAAGAAUGUAAGAGUAAUGAAGCCACAUGGUCACGAUUGGGUGUGCCCUUUAUUUAAGUUUCUGAAAUAGGACAAAGUGAGGAGAUCUCAUUAUCCAUAGUUUUAAUUAUAGUGUGUGUGAGUGGUUCAUGCAUAGUAUUUUCAAGGCUGUAAAAAGCAUAUUCGUUUUGGCCUUCAACUACAUCCUGAGCUUUUAUUUUGGUCUUUAUUUCUGCACGGUUGUUGACUUCAUCAGCUGUUGACUUCAUACUGUAUUUCACUUUUAAGAACUGUAAGAUUUAGCAAGUAUUUGUUCCAUUCCCAUUGUUGAAUUUUGUUACAGUAAAUAAUGGAUGACAUAGAGAACAUUGAAAUGGGUACAUUGAAAGGAAGUUGUGAUGCAUAGUAGUACUCAAAUAUCUCAUGCAGAUUUAGGCAGUUUCAUAUCAAGGUUUAGAAUUGAAAAAUAAAACAAAUGUUUCCACAUUUUAAAUGUGAUGGUUAUCAGUAUUUGAAGGGAUUAAAAGUCCUUUAACCUAAGUUAUGUGAGUUUACAAUACAACAUUGGAGAUGGCUGCCUUUUCUGGAUAGUAGUUUACAAAGCAUUGUUUGAGGUUGGACUUGUUACAGCUGUGUCAGAUGCUUCAAGAACUGACUACAUUAAUGUCAGUUUUACACAAUUUAGUAUAUUAAUGUCACUUCUCCACAAGAGAAAUGAAAAAUAAUGAUGAGAAGUAUAGGAUUGUAGUCAAAUGUCUUUGUAAUCCUUUAUCAUCACAGUUUGAAAAGUGGAUGGAACUCCAUUUUGGCAAGAGGUGGAGCUUAAUUAGCAAAUUAGUUAAGCGUUUGAAGUGGGACUUCAAAUGACUGCGAUUGUCGAGUUGAAUAGCAAAAACUCGCAAAGGAUGAUCUUGACUUGUGUGCUCACAGAAAGUGGAAGUCUUUUGCUUUCUGUUUUGUCAAGUUGAUGUCACGAAUGUCAACAAUUUUCUUUUUUUAGUUUAGUUGGUUUUUUGAGUUCCUUUUAAUUUUGGUUAUUAUAUCUAGAAUUUUUCUUUUUCUUUUUUGUUUAGUUUUCCCUGUGCUAUUAGUUUUAACUGUAACAUAGGAGUAAAAGUAAUAAAGUUUGUAAAUCAAA